ACAAGAGACGAUGGACUUGUCAACUACAUUCCCCACCACGGUGUCUUCGGGAAGAAAGACAAACUCCGAGUUGUUUUUGAUUGUUCGAGCACCUUCAAGGGCGUCUCCUUGAAUGACGCAGUCCUGCAGGGCCCGUCUCUCUGCACUCCCCUGAUUGACGUUCUACUGCGGUUCCGCCAGGAAGAAGUAGCUUUCAUGGGCGAUGUCAACUCAAUGUUCCAUCAGGUGUCUGUACCAGCCGACCAGCGCGACCUGCUCCGCUUUCUGUGGUGGCGAAACGGUGACCCUGCUGAAGACGUGGAAGUCUGGCGCAUGACGGUGCAUCCGUUCGGGUUGAGAUCCAGCCCGAGCUGUGCGAGCUACGCCCUUCUACGGACAGCCGUCGACUUUGGCGACCUACACUCCACUGCAGCCUGUGAGACGAUCUCAAGCAACAUCUACGUUGAUGACCUGGUUAAGUCGGUGACGAAGAUCGAUGAAGCCAUCGACCUGGUCAGGGAGGUGCGAGAGCUGUGCAGCCGGGGUGGAUUCCACCUAGCCAAAUUUGUCAGUAACCAGAGGAAAGUCCUACAAUCGAUCCCACCAGAAGACAGAGGGAAGAACGUGAAGCAACUGAACCUCGAGAAAGAACUUCCGUUGGAAAAGACACUGGGGGUUGAGUGGCGAGUCAACCCGGACGUCAUCGGCUUCUCAACCACGGAAGAUCGGAGUAUGCCAUGCUCGAGGAGGGGAAUGUUGUCGGUCAUCGGAUCAUUGUACGAUCCGAUGGGGAUGGCUGCACCAUUCGUUGUGUGCGGUCGUAUCAUUCUACAGGAACUAACACGACGACGCUACGAUUGGGACGACCCGGCACCGGAGGACAUUCAAGCUCAGUGGGAGCAAUGGAUCCGCGGCAGAGCACUACUUUCGACCAUCGGCGUCCCUAGAUGUGUACAGCCAGCUGGCCUUGGACCUAUUCAGACCCGAGAGCUCCAUCACUUCGCAGAUGCAAGCUCUGUCGCGUACGGCACGGUGUCCUACCUUCGAAUCGUCUGUUGUGACGGACAAGUUCACUGUGCGUUCGUCUUCGGCAAGGCGAGGGUUCUGCCCCUGAAUGGAAAGCUCACCGUCCCACGAGCGGAGCUGACAGCAGCCACUCUGGCUGCUCGCAUUGAAGCCACACUGCGACGCGCUCUGCAAGUCAAGAUUGAUGAAAGUGUGUUCUGGACGGACAGCACAACAGUGCUUCGCUACCUCCAGAACGAAACGACACGUUUUCACACGUUCGUCACCAACCGUCUGGCCGUGAUACGGGACGUAUCUUCUCCGGCACAAUGGAGGUACGUUGACUCAGCGAACAACCCGGCAGACGAUGCAUCGAGGGGACAAUUAGCGGACAACUUCAUCGCGAACCCGCGGUGGUUCGAUGCUCCGGCCUUUUUGUGGAAGGGACGGGAUGAGUGGCCUGAGCCCCCGGCUGGACUCGAUCGUCGAGUAGAAAACGACCCAGAGGUGAAGAUCACCAGCGUUGCAGUCGCGCGCGCUGGCUGCGACCCGUUGGAGGAGCUGUUUUCUCACUACUCUGUCUGGUACAGACUCGUGUGCGCUGUAGCAUGGAUCCUUCGCCUGAAGCGCUGCCUGGUAGAACGAUGCCGUAAGGUGUCCGUACUCGGAUCCGAGCCGAAGGCUCAGGUGAGACAGCGGCUUGCUGUACCAGAACUUGAAGCAGCUGAGAGGGCAAUAGUCACAAGGAUUCAAAGAAGUGAGUUUGCCGCUGAUUUCGCCUCGCUGGAAGGGAAGGGCGCCGUCGGAAUCACCAGUCCUCUCGCACGGCUGGACCCGUAUCUGCACGACGGGAUGAUCAUGGUAGGCGGACGUCUACGCCACGCACCAAUCCGGGAAGAUCAGGUGCACCCUCCUGUCCUCCCCAGACGCCAUCAUGUUGUCGAUCUGAUUAUUCAGAGCUUCCAUGAAGAAGCAGGUCACUCUGGAAGAGAGCACACUUUGUCGCUGCUGCGCUCGAGAUUCUGGAUCCUGCGCGGAAACUCGGCUGUCCGACGCGUCCUCAGUCGCUGUGUCAGCUGUCGUCGUCGUCAGGGCCCAUUCCUGAACCAGAAGAUGGCGAACCUGCCUGAGGACAGGGUGACCCCGGAUGAGCCACCAUUCACAAACACCGGGCUGGAUAUGUUUGGCGUCUUCUACGUCAAGAAGGGACGACGACAGGAGAAAAGGUACGGAAUCGUUUUUUCGUGCCUCGUCUCGAGGGCAGUACACAUAGAAGUAGUUGAGUCGAUGUCUACCGAUUCGUUCCUCUGCGCUCUGAGACGAUUCCUUGCUAGACGCGGGCAAGUUAAGACCAUCCGAUCAGAUCGUGGCACGAACUUUGUGGGAGCAAACAAUGAACUGAAAGCAGAAUGGGAACACCUCUCGAGGAGUGAGGACGUCAUACAUGAGAACCUGCUGCAGAGGAAGAUUCAGUGGAACUUCAACGUCCCAGAAGCUUCGUCACAUGGGGGUGUCUGGGAGAGAGUCAUUCGUACCAUACGGAAGGUUCUAGAUGCACUGAUGACAGAACAAGUGCUCACCGAAGAGACCCUGACAACUCUCCUCUGCGAAGUCGAGUCCAUUAUAAAUAGUCGACCACUGACGUACGUGUCCAGCGAUAGCGGUGACCCACAGCCACUGACUCCCAACCAUCUCUUGCUGGCGGGAGGCGCGCUAUCCGUCCCGGUGGGAGUAUUCGGAGCGGGUGACCUGUACUUGAGGAGACGGUGGCGCCAAGCGCAAUACUUGGCCGGCAUUUUUUGGUCCAGGUGGAUCAAAGAAUACAUUCCACUCUUGCAGCAGAGGCAGAAGGCCUUUCGUGUUACGAGAUCACUCAUGGUGAACGACGUCGUCCUGGUAGCCGAUAGGGAGCUCCCCAGGUCUCGCUGGCCCCUGGGCCGCGUCAUUGAAACUUUUCCGGGCAAGGAUGGCCUGGUUCGUAGUGUUAGAUUGAGAGCAAAGGGCGCAGAGAUACUCCGCCCUGUCAACAAACUGGUCCUCAUGUGCGAAAACGAGUAUUGUGAACGCUAGGACUGUGUUUGACUGCGCGUGUCUCGUCUCAUGUGUUAGUUUAGGGUUGUUGAAAUAGGCUAAGACCAGUGUUGAAUGCGCGUGCCUUCAAAGGGGGCGGUGUAGGCGCCAUGCGGUUUAGUAGCCUGUUCCUGCGGGCGGCCGGCCCUCCCCUCCCCGGCGCAUCCCUCCUCCCCCCUUGGGCCGGUGGCUGACCUUGCCGAUCAGCUGAUCGCCGGCCGCGCCUUAGAGGUGGGCGGGGGGCUUGUGCCGGGGAUGAGCUAAGUACUGUGAGGCUGCAAUGUUUGUUUCUUUUCUUUUGUGGGUAUCUGAUACUCUAUGCCUAUGAUUUUGCGAACUUUGGGCCUUUGAGCCUUAUUUGUAAUACCAAUAGCGCGUGAUUCGUCAAGCUUUGUUCAUGUUUCGAAGUACUGGUAUUUGUUUUGCGUAGAUCCAGCGGCGCCGCCGCGCUCUAUUGGCUGCCAUGUUGGCGAGCGGGGCGAGUGCAGGCAUUUUGGUCCAAGAUCGGUCACGGGCCGUGAUGAAGAACUUGUUUGUCCUUUGAUUCGCCUUAAUAUAGGCAGUUGCCCUUGUCGGAGUAGUGGGAGGCGAGCAGGCCCGACGAAACGCGACAGUCGAAACGGUACAAUACAAGAACCAGUUCCGACAACCA